AUGCCAGCUAAACCAGCCCCAAUCAAAAAAUCGCCGAAGGCAAAGAAGGAGGAGAAGAAGGAAGAACCUGCACCUGAGCCUGCCCCGGCAGAGGCACCUCCAGCCGAGGCUCCUCCAGCAGAAGCUCCUCCAGCAGAGGCACCUCCAGCAGAAGCUCCUCCAGCAGAAGAGGCUGCUCCCGCUGCAGCCCCUGAAGGCGAAGCUCCUCCCGCUGAAGCUCCUCCCGCUGAGGCCCCACCAGCGGAGGAACCCAAAGCACCUACACCCCCUCCACCUGAAGAGGCGCCCGCUGAUGCUGCAGCUGCAGAAGCCCCACCAGCUGAGGAAGUCAAACCUCCUACGCCACCUCCUCCUGCAGAGCCCACCAGUGAGCCUCUGGAGCUGACAGUCGAUGAUGUGAACGACACAUCAGUCACCAUCACCUGGAGGCCUCCUGCCACUAUUGGAAACUCUGGUCUUGAUGGAUACACUGUUGAAAUCUGCAAGGAUGGAACCAGCGAUUGGAAGGCAGCAAAUGAGGAGCUGACUGUGUCCUGCCGCUAUGUUAUCAAAAACCAGACUACCGGGGACCGCCUGCACAUCAGGGUGGUGGCUAUGAACCCUGGCGGCCGUAGCCCCCCUGCCACUCUACCCGAUCCCGUCGUUGUAAGGGAGGUUGUGGACCGCCCCAAAAUCCGACUGCCUCGUUUCCUCAGACAGAGGUAUGUCAAGAACGUUGGGGAGAAGGUCAACCUCGUCAUUCCCUUCCACGGCAAACCUCAGCCUGUGGUCUCCUGGACCAAGAAUGGCCAGCCUCUCGACCAUAAGAAGGUCAACAUUCGCAACAGUGACAAGGACAGCAUCUUCUUCAUCCGUCAGUCCGUGAGAGAUGACUCCGGCACGUAUGAGAUGACCGUGAAGGUUGACAGCUUUGAGGACAAAGCCUCCUUUGUCCUGCAGAUUGUUGAGUUGCCUGGACCCCCUGCCAGCGUGAAGAUUGUGGACACUUGGGGCUUCAAUGUUGCCUUGGAAUGGACUCCUCCCACGGACAAUGGAAACACAGAAAUUACUGGCUACACAAUUCAGAAGGCAGACAAAAAGACUGGGGACUGGUACACCAUUGUGGAGCAUUACCACAGGACAAAUGCCACCAUCUCAGACCUCAUCAUGGGCAACACCUACACCUUCAGGGUCUUUUCAGAGAACAAGUGUGGGAGAAGUGAGGAUGCCGCUGUUACCAAGACAAGUGCCACUAUUCAGAAGACAGGUAUUGAUUAUAAGCCUCCUGAGUACAAAGAGCAUGACUUCAGCGAGGCUCCCAAAUUCACCACCCCCUUGACAGACCACGCCACCACCGUCGGCUACAACGCCACGCUGCUGUGUGCUGUUAGAGGGUUCCCAAAGCCUAAGAUCGAAUGGAUGAAGAACCAAAUGAUCAUUGGUGAUGACCCCAAGUUCAGGCAGAUAAACAACCAGGGUAUCUGCUCUCUUGAAAUUCGUAAGCCUGGCAACUUUGACGGCGGUGUGUAUUCAUGCCGGGCCAAGAACGCGCUGGGAGAGGCUAUUGUGACCUGCAAACUGGAGAUCAAACAGCCUGUGAUUGCUGAUGCUGAUAAGAAAUAA